AUGCGAGAAUUGCGUCAACAGGAAGCACGUGAAUCCGCGUGUCGCGUGCCCCUGCCUCGACAGCCGCCGGCGCGCCCGUGGGCUCGUCGGGCGCGAAGGGCGUGCGUGGCGUUGCGCGCGCCGGCCGGCAGCUGUCGCGCCCGCUCGCCCUUUGUUUCGGAGACGCAUUGUGGAGGCUCCGCGCCACCCGCCGCCGCCGCCGCCGCCCCCGAGCCACUGCAGCGUGUACGCCAAGUAGAUAUGAAAAGAAAAUGGUGUUAGAAGAGGAAUGAGGGGAAAAAGAAGGUAUUUUAAAGAAGAACACAUAAAGAAGACAAUUAGAACGAUAAAAAAUUAUGAAGCAAAAAAAGGGGGAAUGCUUAAAAUCUAAGCCUUCCCCAGGAACUCAAAGCCCUUCAGAUAAAA